UAUUUUGUUGUUACGUACUAGUUGCAGCUGCUACAAGUUUGGUUUCCCUACCGAUUCUGUUGCUGCACACGGAGUCCGUCCACCCAUGGAUUCACUUGGAGGUCACCACACGGCGGCGGCCCACGCCAAGGUGGAGCUGGAAGCGGAGCUCGGCGAGCGCAACGGCGCCCCCGCCAUCAAUCCCCUCGUCGAGCAAGAAGCACGCGGCCCGAUGCCGAUGGCCGACGACCGGCGGACUCGCCCAGAGCGAGUGCGCCGUCUUAUCCGGAGGCUCCGCCCGGCGCCCAUCGGGAGCGCGUUCAAGCGGUGGCUGAAGCACCCGGCGCACCUCGCGCAGUUCGCGUGGGCGGUCUGCGUCGCGCUGUCGUUCGCCCUGCUCGGCCUCCUCCUCCUCGGCGUCUUCGACGGCGCCUUCCGGCGCAGGUCCGUCCGCGACCGGUGGGUCGAGAUCGUCAACCAGAUCCUGAACGCGCUCUUCACCCUCAUGACCAUCUACCAGCACCCCGAGCUCUUCCACCACGCCGCCCUGCUGCUCCGGUGGCGGCCGGGGGACGAGAAGGAGCUCCGGAAGGCCUACUGCCGGAAGGGCUCGGGUGGCGGUGAAGCGCAGCGGGAGCGGGAGCGGCUUCACCUGUCCGUGGUGGUCGGGCUCCUCCACCUCACCUGCUUCGCGCAGUACGCCAUGUGUGGGCUCUUCUGGGGGUACUCCAGCACAGCCCGCCCAGACGCCGCCAUGACCCCGCUCGCCGGGGUCAGCGCCGUGGCACCCGUCGUCGCUGGCCUGUACAUGUACUACAGCCCGCUUGGGAGGAAAAGCGAGCAAAGCAUGCACCAAGAAACUGAAGAGGUCUGCGACGACGACAGCAUGGUUGCGGCGGUGAUCACCGACCCCGCGGGAAGGGAGUGGGCCGGCGGGCUGCUGGACGUGCGCGACGACCCGGCGGCGUGCUGGCUCUCGUGCCUCUGCACCUUCUGCGUGUUCGGGUGGAACAUGGAGCGGCUGGGGUUCGGGAACAUGCACGUGCACGGCGCCAUGUUCGCGCUCCUCUGCUUCGCGCCGCUGUGGGUGCUCAGCCAUGCCGCCACGAACAUCCGGAGCAAGGCCGUCAGCAACGCGGUCAGCGCCGCCGGGGUGGUGCUCUGCGCGCUCGGCCUGCUCUACGGCGGGUUCUGGCGGGCGCGGAUGCGGCGCAAGUUCGGGCUCGCCGGCAAGGACAGACUACCCUUCUUCUCCUCACUGUCGCUCGACGUCGCCGACUAUCUGCAGUGGAUGUUCUGCUGGGGGUGCGCGCUGGCGCAGGAGGUGCGGACCGGGAACCUUCUCCUCGACGUCGAGUCGACCGGAGGCUCCGGUGGUGUGCAAGUGCAAGUUGAUAACAGCCUACGGCCUUUGCCAAGAGAGGAUGGUAGCUUUGAGAUCGCAGCAGUCGCUGGCACUCCCUCUGUUCCACUGGCCUAUAACUCGCCGCGUCGAGGCGAGGAGUUGCCAUUGGUGCAGCUGAAGCGGGACGGCAGUUGGUCACCUGGAGAAAUGAGGCCACCAGUUCCGCCAUUGAUGCAGGACGGCGGAGGUCCUCAAGGUGGGCGAAUUCAGUGACGGGCAGUACUACCGUACGGUUGUUGCCAUGCAUACAUAGAUCCUGCAGGGGCGAAGCUCUGCUUCGCAACUUCAUGUACGCAUAUGGAGUUUCGUCAUUUUCUUUUGCUCAGCUCAUUGUUCUUCACGGUGUAUUUUGAGCAGCAUGUACUAUAACAGUAUCACGUAAGGAGCAACCAUGAUUAAAAUACAAGAUCGGGUCACGACA